GUAAUGGUCUUGCUUUGUCUUAACUCUCAUCCAGUCUUCUUCUUCUUCUUCUUAUUCUUCUCUCUCUCUCUCUCUCUCUCUCUCUCUCUCCUGUGUCUAUAGACUCUAUGCUAACCCCUGAAAUCUGCAGCUCAACCCCCAUACUCCCUUUAUUUCUCUUCCUCACCAACCAAAAUAAAACGAAUCAUAUCCCUCACCCAGAAAACCCCCCCGAAAAAAAUCAACCAAAAGCGCACCCAAAGUGUGUUUUUUGAUUGAGGGCAAUUCCAUACACAAAAAAUACAAAUCUUUUAAAGGAAUACAUACAUCGAAAUAUAUAGUAGUCGAUCGAGGAUGCCCAAGUGCUUUAGCCUAACGGCGUCGAGAAGCUGGUGCUACAGAACCCACUUCUCCAACUCGGGCCUCCGCUCCACCAUCACCGACCUCGGCGACGGCACAGUCAUGCACUGCUGGGUCCCCAAGACCCGGAAAGACUCCAAACCCGACUUGCUCCUCGUCCACGGCUUCGGAGCCAACGCAAUGUGGCAGUGGGGCGACGUCGUCCGCCUCAUGGUCCCGCACUUCAACGUCUACGUCCCCGACCUCGUUUUCUUCGGUGACUCCUACACCACCCGCCCCGACCGCUCCGAGUCCUUCCAGGCCCGGUGCGUGAUGCGGGUGAUGGAGGCGAACGGGGUGGGGAAGGUGAGCGUGGUGGGGCUGAGCUACGGGGGGUUCGUGGCGUACAGCAUGGCGGCGCAGUUCAGGGGGGAGGUGGAGAGGGUGGUGAUAUGCUGCGCGGGGGUGUGUUUGGAGGAGAAGGAUCUUGGGGAAGGGAUGUUUAGGGUGUCGGAUCUGGAGGAGGUGGGGAGGAUACUCCUGCCGCAGACGGCGGACAAGAUGAGGGAGCUCAUGAAUUACACUUUCGUUAAGCCCCCCAAGAUCGUGCCCUCUUGCUUGCUCCAGGAUUUCAUCGAUGUAAUGUUUACGGAGAAUGUAGAAGAGAAGAAAGAGUUGAUUCGAGCUCUUGCGAAGGACCGAAAACUCUCGGACCUUCCCAAGAUUCCUCAGCCUACACUCAUAAUCUGGGGAGAAGAAGAUCAAGUAUUCCCCUUAGAACUCGGCUACAGACUAAAAAGGCAUUUGGGGGACAAUGCACAGCUGGUAAUAGUGAAGAAAUCAGGGCAUGCCUUCAUUGUAGAGAAGCCCAAGGAGUUGUUCAAGCACUUAAAAUCCUUCCUUAUUGAUUCGUUCCGUCUAACAGUAAGCCCUGUUUCCAAUCAGCAGAACCAGAUCUUGGCUAACUAACUGCAGACCCUAAAUGGAAUGGAUUUGAUGAGUUUAAAUCUGACCCAUUACAUGAAACAACAAACAUGUUUUAGAGAAUCGUUGUGCCCGAAACACUUUGCAUGAUUCAUAAUUAAGUCUGUAAUAGAUACUUUCUUUCUGGCUCGAGCAUUGUAAUGAAUAGAAAUCAGUUCUUGCAGCAA